AUGGCCUUAGCAGGACAUAGUAGUUUGGUUUCUGGUGUUGUUUUGUUUCUUUUUGCGUUCGUGUAUGAGGUGAUGUCAGACAGCAACUGCAAUGUAGACGUGGACAAAAUCCUGGAAACCCUCUUGGACCCAUCGACAGAUCCCUCUAUCCAGAUCAAAGCCUUGCGCUCCAGCCUGGUGAGGAAGCUGCAGGAGGCCCUUGACAAGCUGGAAGAGGAGAACGAGGAGAGGCAGCGCAUCCUGGCGACGCUUUCCAGAUGGAACAACCUGCCGGAGAGCAAAAGGAACCUGGAAUCGCUCGCCAGGGCAGGGUAUAUCAAAACCUUGCCUGAUGAGGAGGAGGACGCUAACUACAAGAGGAGUAUCGCUAAUCUGGCAAAAAACGGGCAGCUUCCAAUGCGACAAGACGAUCAAAAGCGUGGUAUAGAGACUUUAGCCAGAAAUGGAGAUUACCACAUGAGGGGAGAUAUACAGAACGUCCUCAACAACCAGAUGAUGGGGAAGAGGACCCUGGGGAGUUUGGAGAAGAACUUCUAUCUACCUUACAACGGGAAGAGAUCAUUGAGUAGUUUGGCCAAGGCAGGGGAUCUGAGGUUUACGGAGAUGCCUCCCAAAAGGAACCUGGCUUCCCUAGUACGAGAUGGAUUGUAUCCAGGACCCCGCUUUGUGAGAAACUUUUACUAUCCCAACGAAGCUACUGAACAACCCGAAAAUCUGGCAGACAAAAGGAACCUCCAGGCUCUUAAAGCCCAAAGCAAACAGUUCAAAAGGUCAACCAAGGUUCGAACCAAAAGAGAAAUAGACUACGAAAACGAAGAAUACCCUUCACCCUACGACUACGACGAUUUGGUUCAGGAUCUGAAUUCACUGUAUCCUGUUUCAGAUAAGAGAUUCUUGGGGUCGGUAGCGAAAACUGGAUGGUUUCGACAAACCUCUAGCUAUCCGAAAAACAAUCCAGAAAAACGGCAUAUCGGAGCUUUGGCCAGAUUAGGUUGGCUUCCGGCCUUCAGGCAUACAAGGAGGUUCAAUAGAUCAGGGAGAUCGACAGGCUUAGAUGAACUUUGCAACAGGGAGACUACCUCAGAUGGGCAAACCGAAGUCGACAGUAGCACCAAAAACGAGCCGAUUCCACUAAACGAAAAAAGUACUUUUUACAUACCUAAUAACGACAAUUUCUUCUUCAGGAAAGUAUUCUUCCAUCCUAGAUCACAU